CCGGCAACCCGAACGUCCGAACGCGUCAAUUGGACGUGACCUCCGGCCCGGCGGCGAUCAAAGCCGUUGUCGAUGAAGCGGCGGGGUUCUGGGGCCGGCUAGAUGUCGUAGUGAACAACGCCGGGGCCGGGCUGCCCGGACUGCUUGAAGAGGGAGGCACAGAGGUCCUCCGCAGACAGUUCGAGAUCAACCUGUUCGGCCCGUUCGACGUGCUCGUCGCUUGUCUGCCUCACCUGCGGAAACGGAAAUCGGGCACGGUGGUGAUCG